GAGAAACUACAAGAACAGAGGGAGGAGUCCGUAAGCCUGGAAGCCCUAUUCUCAAGAGGAGCCCUGAUAUCACAAAGAACCCAGUGACGAAAUCCGAGCAGUUGCUGAGGAUAGACGAUCAUGACUUCACGAUGAGGCCCGGCUUUGGAGGCCCAGCUAUUCCUGUGGGAGUGGAUGUCCAAGUUGAGAGCCUGGACACCAUCUCAGAAGUGGACAUGGACUUCACCAUGACACUGUAUCUGAGGCACUACUGGAAGGACGAGCGACUCUCCUUCCCCAGCACCACCAACCAGAGCAUGACCUUCGACAGCCGUCUGGUGAAAAAGAUCUGGGUCCCUGACAUGUUCUUCGUCCAUUCCAAACGCUCCUUCAUUCACGACACCACCACUGACAAUGUCAUGCUCAGGGUCUACCCCGACGGCAAAGUCCUCUACAGCGUCAGGGUCACUGUAACAGCCAUGUGUAACAUGGACCUGAGCCAUUUCCCUCUCGAUACCCAAACAUGUUCACUGGAGAUCGAGAGCUAUGCCUACACUGACGAUGACCUGAUGUUGUACUGGAAGAAAGGGAACGACUCUCUGAAGACGGAUGACAGGAUCUCGCUCUCUCAGUUCCUCAUUCAGGAGUUCCACACCACCACAAAGCUGGCCUUCUACAGUAGCACCGGUUGGUAUAACCGACUGUACAUCAACUUCACCCUGCGGCGUCACAUCUUCUUCUUCCUGCUGCAGACCUACUUUCCUGCUACUCUGAUGGUCAUGCUGUCCUGGGUGUCCUUCUGGAUUGACCGCCGAGCCGUCCCUGCCAGGGUGCCUCUGGGCAUCACCACGGUGCUCACCAUGUCCACCAUCAUCACAGGGGUGAACGCCUCCAUGCCCAGAGUGUCCUACAUCAAAGCCGUUGACAUCUACCUGUGGGUCAGCUUCGUCUUCGUCUUCCUCUCUGUAAUAGAGUAUGCAGCCGUUAACUACCUGUCCACUCUGCAGGAGCGUAAGGAGAGGAAGCUGAGAGAGAGGCUGCCAUGCACGUGCGGGAUAUCUCACCCAGGCCAGAUCAUGAUGAGCAGCAGCUACAGCGAGAUGGACGCCAUGACCACUGGUCACUAUGGCAUGCCAGAGAUGAACGGAGACAAGCGCGAACGCAUCCUGGUGCAGCUGGCCCUGGACAAAGAGCAGGGCGCUCACAGCCAGGGAGGAAACACGCGCUCCUACAACAGCAGCAUGUGGAUCGACACCCACGCCAUAGACAAAUACUCGCGGGUGAUCUUCCCCGGAGCGUACACGCUCUUCAACAUCAUAUACUGGUCUAUCUACUCCUAACAGCUGUUACUGAAGUAACUAGUGGUGCGAUGGAGAUGUCCUGAAGGCUUUUGGGCCAUUUAACGGUCAUUAAGGGAGACCGCCUUAUAGAAUGCUAGA